AUGAUAUGGCUUAUACUGAAUAUUGAAUCCCAUAUAGGUGUUCUUCAUGCGGUGCAAGCCAAGUUGGAUGAAGACUGUGAUGCCUCCCUACACGGUGACAGUCUCCGAUUCCUGAGGCUGCCCCACCCACGCUCAGGUAUUCCUGCCCUAUUUCUGCCAAGUCGCGACCCCACCUAUGGAACGACAUCUAUACUCGAAGUACAAGCAAUUGCUCCCCCAAAUCGUCGAUCAUGGCUCUUGCCUGCAGGGGAGGUGCUUAGCGACGGCCAACUACUCCUUAUGACACCAGUCGAUCCGGCCUUCUUGCUCAUUCCACUGCUCAGGCAUAUUGUUGCAGUAGACGGGUCCUCUGGGUCCUUCAGACCAAUGGAUGAUCUGUUUGAAGAAGCUAUUGCUAAGUUGGCUCAAGCAAGCAACUCGAGUGACGUAUUAGAAGGUGUCGGGAUACCACGCCUGGAAGAUGUCAACUACCUCGCUUCGUUCGAUUGUGUUCAGAACUCUAUGAAACGAAUUUGCGAAGUGAAAGAAAUUGGCUCCGACAUGACAGUGUAUCGUUACGCCCCCGAUAAAGUUCUACGAUAUCUCAGGGCGAAGGCCACGCGCCUUUCAACUCAGCAGUACGCUUCGCAAGAACUGUAUAACAAAUUGCUUGCUACAUACGAUUUCACACCACUUGACGUGUAUCUAAAGGCCUUCGAAAAAGAGAAUGCACCAUCCGUGCCUGAAAUCGUCAAAGAAACUAGAGCGAAGGCAAAAAGCAAGAUAUCUGAGACGUCUGGUACAAAGCGUAAAGCUUCUGCCAACGCUGGCGUCGAGAAACUCAAAAAGGCAAACGUCAAGGGCAUGGCCAACAUUUCAAGCUUCUUUCAGAAGCCGACCAAUGCGCGUGACGUCACGCAACAUGUCAAGGGAUUGAAACUCCGUCUCCUCGCUCUCGUUCUGUCGCAAACCUUCUCGCACAAUGGCGAUGCAUCCGUUUCUCUGGAAACCGCGCGGUCGUCUCUGCGUGAUCACUCUAGGUCCUCCACUCAGUUUGACAGCGCAUAUAGCCACUCGACGGAUCAGUCAGACAUCUCGCAUUCCUCGAGCUCUGCACCAUCCCUCUCUGGCCCUGUACGUGCAUACAGUGACCAACUCUCACUAGGAAGACCCUCUGGGUCAAAUUCGAAGAAGUUUCCUAGCUCUAGGGUGAUAUCUCUUCCAGAGACGGUCUCCGCCUACUCUGCCAAAGCGGUCUUAGAAAGGGCGAGUAUUCGCGUUGUAUCUAUGCCAUUAAUCGGCGUUACAGACUCAGAGAACAUUACGCUGGACGACGCGGACGUAGAGAAGGGGACCACUACUGCAGAAGAAGGCUACUUGCGAACUCGCUCCCAAUCACACGUGUCAGAUAUGCCGUACACGCCUUCGCCCCCUUCGUCCCCCGAGUCGGUUCUCAUAAUCGCGAAUAAAAAUCAGCUGGCGGAAGGUUUCUUACGCGGCUCUUACAAUGGGGCUCGCACUCCAGCUCCUAUUGAAGACGAAGGGUGGAUCACUUGGGCUAAAUCGCCUCCGCGGCCAAUCCCAGCCCUCCACGGUCCCUUGUCCUUGCCGUAUGCUCGUUGUCCUUCGGGAGCUGAAGGCACCAUUAUCGAGGAGCAAGACAAUUUACCUCGCAUGAUAUGGGGCCUCGAAGGAGAAGAUCUCUCGUCUGCCCGUCCUCGCGGACUGGGAAGCUCAACCCGUCUUCGCAACACGCCAUCCCUUUGGAGCGCAAAGUUCCCGUACCGAUAA